CGUGUCACCUCCGGCCCUUUUCUCUCCCUUAUACGGUAACGCUUUGCACAGGCCGCCGAGGACCCUUCACACACCCUCAAAUUAACCCCGGAGCACUGGUUACCCGUGUCCCUGAGCCUCCAUUAACCACUGACGGGGAUAUAUAGGCAAUGACUUUGUAUGAUGUUCUGGGUGUGAGCCAAGAUGCCAGCGAGACAGAGAUCCGCCAACAGUACCAGGAACUAGCACGCCAGUAUCACCCAGACAAGUCUGGGGUUGAAGGUGCCAAAGAGAAGUUCCUAAAAGUGACAGAGGCGUGGCACGUCCUAGGGGACACUCAGAAGCGAAGAGAGUAUGACGACCAGCUGAAGAGGGAAAAGCUUUACCAAGAGUUUCCUGUGAGUGAGGAGCUUUUCCUUGAGGACCUGGAGCAGGAUAAGGAGGGAGGGGUGUACUUGCACACCUGCCGAUGUGGGGGCCACUACACCCUGGCUGCCCAGGACGCCAGAAGCUCAACAGAGAAGGAGGUUGUGGUGGCCUGCGACAACUGCUCCCUUAGCAUUUUGGUUUUACUUAACUGUGAUGAGAACACUUGAUAGACAAGGUAGAAUGUUCAGGCAGAUGUGAUGGGCUCCAGACCACCUCUGCCCCUGUCUGACAUGAACAUUUAAUCAAAGAUGCAUUAUUAGAACAUACUGCAGCUGUAGUGUUAAAGUUUAAAACUGUUUUCAAUAUUUUUAUUUGUGAUGUGGAGUAGGUAAUAUUUUUUAAGAUAUUGAAUGUUGGAUAAUUUGAUGAUUAUAUAUUUACUGGACAUAAAAUCUUCCAUCAGGACAAAUGACAGCUGCUGAAGGUCAUUACAGGAAUCACAUGAACUAAAUCUCUGAAUCAGUUUUCUCUGCAUUUUUUUUAUAUACUUUUUUCUUCUGUCUCCUUUAGAUUGCACAAUGGUACACAAUAUGGUAGUUUGUGCAUAGCGUGUGUUCAGUGUUUGUGAUGUUCUUGACAUGCAUACUGUGAUACGUAAGUUUCACAAAAUUUUCAUUUCAUUGGACCCCACACCUUCAUUAGGCCAAACCGAUAACAUUAUACAUUAGUUUUUUCUCUAGGUUAGGUUAUACCUGAAUUUAUAGUUAUUAAUUUCUCUGAAAUUAACCAACAUUGUAAGAACUUAUAUUUAUUUCAAACCACUAAAAUGGGCAGAGUAACUGGUAGGCAGAGAAGCACCAUCACCAAGCAGACACAACCACCCCAACUGCUGAUGCCCUGGGAAGUCAGGUACCAGCACAGGAUUGACAACUUUUUAAAGUCUCCUCGAGACAUGUUGAAUACCUCCCAAGAUAUUGCAAGUCCAGUACUCAGUCACAGGAGUGUAGACACCAUGUUACCUCAAAAGGACAGCGAACUGAAUGCUCUUGAUUCUGUUUUUAUUCAUAAAACUAACAGUUCUGAAGACUGCAGUGGUCUGCAAGUGAUGGUACAGAGACAAGAUCAAGAAAACUCUGAAAGAGAGACAUGUGGCCACAGUAAUGAUAGUGCUGAUGGAAAAGUUGAACUACCAACCUAUGUUGAGGCUUCAGUGCAACCGGCUGAGCUCCUGAAUCCACCUGCAAGAAAGCAAGAGAGACCCGCUAGUGGUGGGCUUGCCUCUGGGACACUCACACCACUGCAGCAGAGUCCCAUACAGGCGGAGGAUGCAUUCAACCAUCAUGUGAAGCAGAGUAAUGCAGUACUGAAGACCAUUAAAUAUGCAAUUAAUUAUAAUUUAGAUGAAAUUUUCAACUAUACUUUCACAGGUGGAAAAGUUAGUUUAAAGCAAAGACUUAUGAAUGAAUAAAAAUGAGAUAAAUUUCUUCAACAUCAGUUAAUAGUUUUAGUGUUUUACAUUGUCAAGUAACUGGAGUUAUGACCAUAUUUACAGGCUUGGGUCACCUAAUUUUAUGGUCAAGGUAAUUUAGUGUAAGUUUAUAUGAGAGAGUGGGAAGUGCCAUUGACUUAUUGGUACAAUCAGCAUUUAAUAGAUUUCAUCCUGUUUGUGAUAUGACUUCUGCACAUAAGGAUACAUGUGCUACUGUAGGGAAAACACUGUCAAUGACUUGCUGAGCAUUUGAUCAUGGCCAUCAUGAAAAAAUCAUAUAUUUUAGUCUAAAUAUUUAGAUCCCAUAUGUUACUCAGUGUUUGUCAUUGCCUUAGUAUUUCUGCAACUUUGCUGUCUUAGCUUCAGGAUAUGUACUUGUAUUAGCUUCUAACACAUUUUAUCCUCUCUAGUUACCUUAAACAAGCUGUCUGUAGCUAAUAUUAAUACAAAUUAAUUUCUUAAUGUAGUGUAUUGGAACUUGCACUACAUAUUACAGUGUAAUUGCUGAAUUAUUACUGCUUCAUAGCGUUGCAUUAAGAGUCGCUCAGAGCAUUGUGUCCAGUAGUGACCCAGUCUAGUAUGUUGGGUGCAACCAGCUCACAGUUUCUCGUGUUUCACGUUUCAUUGCUUGUUUUGUGCUAUAUUAGAAGUAUAUCAAUUGACAUAAGUUAUGUUUAUGUCCUUGAGAAUAUAAGUAUUGUCAGUCAUUAAAA